UCAAUGAGGCCACGUGGAAAGCCGAUAACGUCAACGUCGUCAAGAACAGAAGAAGAAACGAAGCAAAGGCAGCUUUUAUUCUAAUACAACACGCUUAAGGAAAAAUCGCCAAAUAAAAUACCACUACCCUCAAGGAAUCUACAGAUCUCUGUCCCUCUUUCUCUACGUCUCAAACCCUAAUUCCUUAAUUUUUACAGAAGAUCGAGGGUUUAAUCGCGGAGAAUCAACCAUGUUUAACAGGCUUUUCGGGAAACCCAAGCAGGAAGCAAAUGCUCUAACCACGUUAGACAAAUUAAAUGAGACCCUUGAAAUGCUUGAGAAGAAGGAGAAAGUACUUGUGAAAAAGGCUGCUGCUGAGGUUGAAAAGGCCAAGGAAUUUGCCAAAGGGAGAAACAAGAGAGCGGCUAUACAGUGCUUGAAGAGGAAGAGACUAUAUGAACAGCAAAUAGAGCAGCUUGGAAACUUCCAGCUUCGUAUUCAUGAUCAAAUGAUAAUGUUAGAAGGUGCUAAAGCCACAACUGAAACUGUAGAUGCAUUGAGAACUGGAGCAGCUGCAAUGAAGGCAAUGCAGAAAGCAACGAAUAUAGAUGAUGUUGACAAAACAAUGGACGAGAUCAAUGAACAAACUGAAAACAUGAAACAGAUUCAGGAAGCACUGUCAACUCCUAUUGGAGCUGCAGCUGAUUUUGACGAGGAUGAAUUGGAGGCAGAACUUGAAGAACUUGAAGGUGCUGAGUUGGAAGAACAACUUCUCCAGCCUGCAACAACUGCUCCUGCAGCUCCAGUGCAGGUGCCUGCUGGUAGGCAACCAGCUCGUCCUAUUCCUCAAAAGCGCACUGCUGAGGAAGAUGAACUUGCUGCAUUGCAGGCUGAGAUGGCACUUUAAGGCAUGUAGUAGAGAAGUGAUUUUGUUGAUGGGAGUACCGCAGGUCAUGUUGCAAAACAUGAAGAGAGGCCAUGUUGUAUUAUUGAAUCUUCUACUUCAAAAUUUGUGUGGAUUUAAGAUUUGACAAUGUACAUAAAGAUUUGCAUGAACUAAAUGAAGCUCCCCCUAUCUUUUGUUCGUUCAAUAAAAUAUUUAUAUUCUAUUCGA